AAUCAACACACUCAAGGGCACUCGCUUGGCUAGUGACCCAAUCUGCAGCGCUAUCAGCUUCUCACAUGUGGAAGGAACACAAUGGGAAAGACCACAUUCAUUACAAUAGUUCGGUGUGGUCUGCAUAAUAUCGGGAUUAUGUGCUACCUUACUCACCGCGUGCCUGUCAAAUGCCAUGGGCUCUGCCACUCUUUCCUGCGAGUCACGGGGUCGGUAGCUACCCAUACCAGAAACGGGUGUCUUCUGCCAGCUAUUCUCGCUCAACACUCGCAACCCCUACUAAGCCGAGGAAUCACUUCCCGUAUCGGGAAAGACCGCAUCUUUACCUGCCUCAAGCGCAACUAUCAUUCGCGAAAUGGGGUGUACGGUUACCGACCCCGAGCAAAGGAAGACUUCAGGGUUCCUCCUAGUGUUCAAGAAAUACGCAUCAAGCAGAACCAGUUUUAUAAUUUUGUGAUGGCCUAUAGGCAACAUGGGCAUAAGAUGGCUAGUGUUAAUCCACUUGUGAUUGAUAGAAUUACUGUGCCUGAUUUGGAUCCCAGUUUAUUUGGUCUACAGAUAAAUGACCAAUUUCAAUUCUCAGGAAUAUUAUUCUCACCAAAACAACAAGGGACUGUUUUGGAAGCCAUACAACAUUUGAAUAAUUCAUAUACUUCCCAUUUAAGUGCUGAAUUUCUGCAUCUUGAGGAAAAUGAAGAAAAGGAAUGGUUUGCUAAGGCCAUAGAAGAAAUUGCAUACACAGACCUAGACAAUACUACACGCAAAGGUCUUGCCACUGAUUUAUUAAAAUCCCAAGCUUUUGAUAACUUUCUAGCUACAAAAUUUGUAACUGUGAAACGAUACGGUGCAGAAGGAGCUGAAAGUAUGAUGGGGUUUUACUCUGAAUUAUUCAAAUUAUGUGCUGAAGAUGGCCUGGAACAAAUAAUAUUAUGUAUGCCUCACAGAGGAAGACUGAACUUCCUCACAGGUCUACUUCACUUUCCUCCUGCAAUGAUUUUUAGAAAAUUGAAAGGUCUUUCAGAAUUCCCUUCAGAUGCAAAAGCAACUGCAAACUCUGUUGAUCUUCAUAUUGAUGGAAAAAUUAUUCAUGUAACACUUUUGUACAAUCCAUCUCAUCUUGAGGCAGUAAACCCUGUUUCAAUGGGAAAAGCUCGUGCUAGACAACAAUCUCUGGGUGACGGAGCUUAUUCAGACACAGCCAAUUGGAGUGACAAAGUUCUCAACUUUCAGGUCCAUGGUGAUGCAGCUUUUGCAGGGCAAGGUGUGAACCAAGAAAUGCUGAAUAUGACUUCUGUGCCACACUUCGAAGUUGGAGGGUCAGUUCAUCUCAUUGUAAAUAAUCAAUUAGGCUUCACGACUCCUGGAGAAAGAGGGCGAUCAACAACAUACUGUUCUGAUCUUGCUAAAAUGAUAUCAGCCCCAGUCCUACAUGUCAAUGGUGACUACCCUGAGAUGGUUGUUAAGGCUGCAAGACUUGCAGUUGCAUAUCAGAGAAAAUUUCGGAAGGAUGUGUUUGUGGAUUUAAUGUGCUUCAGAAGGUGGGGGCACAAUGAAUUAGAUGAUCCUACAUUUACCAAUCCAGCUGUGUACAGAAUAAUAACAUCAAGAAGAUCUGUUCCUGACAUGUACGUGAACUCACUGGUAGAAGAAGGAGUAAUGACCCAAGAUGAAGCAUCAUCCAUAACUAAUGAGUGUUCUUCAUGGUUAAACAGUAUUUUGAAAAAUUUAGAUACGUUUGAAGUUCAGAAAUUCUUCUUCAAACGGCAGUGGGCCAAUAUAAACCAAGCUCCUGCAGCGUUGACCACAUGGGACACAGGAGUUGACAUCAAUAUUUUAAAAUAUGUAGGAACCAAAUCAGUAUCUUACCCAGAAACAUUUAGUAUUCACAGCCAUUUGUUAAAAACGCAUGUUAAUGCACGAAUGACCAAAAUCAGUAAUGACCAGAACAUUGACUGGGCUACAGCUGAAGCUCUGGCAGUUGGAUCACUGCUCUACCAAGGCCACUAUGUUCGCUUGAGUGGUCAAGAUGUUGGGAGAGGUACAUUUUCUCAUAGACACUUUAUGAUCAUAGACCAAGUUACAAACGACAUGUUCAUUCCACUGAACAAUCUCAUCAACGAUCAAAAAGGAUUUUUAGAAAUAGCAAAUAGCACCUUAUCAGAAGAAGCUGUACUAGCCUUUGAAUAUGGAAUGAGCAUUGAAAGCCCACAGAAGUUGAUAAUUUGGGAAGCACAGUUUGGAGAUUUUUUUAAUGGAGCUCAAAUUCAAAUUGAUACAUUUGUCACGGGUGGUGAAACUAAAUGGAUGGUUUGCAGUGGUCUUGUGAUUCUACUACCACAUGGAUACGAUGGAGCUGGCCCUGAACAUAGUUCAAGUCGUAUAGAACGUUUCUUACAAAUGACAGAUUCAAAGGAAAAUUUUCCUGACGGAGAUGAUGUCAAUAUGCACAUAGCCAAUCCCACCACUCCAGCCCAGUACUUCCACUUGUUGCGCCGACAGAUGGUACGAGAUUACAGGAAACCUUUGGUAGUGAUUUCCCCCAAAAUACUAUUACGUUAUCCGGAUGCAACCUCUUCACUCAAUGAAAUGAUUGAAGGAACAUCAUUUUUGCCUGUCCUUGGAGACAACUCACAAGCCGACCACAUCAAAAAAAUUAUAUUAGUCAGUGGAAAGCACUUCUAUGCUCUUGAUAAAUACCGAAAAGAAUCAGGAAUACAAGAUACAGCAAUUAUACGACUAGAAGGUCUCGUUCCCUUCCCAACACCAUUUCUCCAGGAAGUACUAUCAAAGUACAAACAUGCAAAAUAUUUUGUAUGGAGCCAGGAAGAACCUCAAAACAUGGGAGCAUGGAGUUAUGUAAAACCAAGAUUUGAGAAUCUACUAGGAAGAAAGUUAAAAUACUCUGGACGCCCACCACUGGCUACUCCUGCUGUAGGAAUAGGGGAAAUUCACCAAAAAGAAGCACAAGAUGUUGCCUCAUUGCUUCAGCUAAUGGGCUUCCGAUUGGCAGGACUUUUACCAGCUUUAAUAUUACCUUUGGGGCUUACAAUGGUUCUCUUUCUGGGCCCUCUUAGCAUGCAAGGCCUUAGCGGCCUCUGGAAAUUGUAUGCUGAACCGAUGUACUGGGUGUCAAAUGCAAAAAGUUUAAUUUGGCUGCGUAAUCAUGUGGUGGCUCCUUUGUCUGAAGAACUAACUUUCAGAGCGUGCAUGCUCCCUCUGCUGCUUCAGUGCUUCCGGCCUUUGACAGCGGUGUUCAUCUGUCCUUUAUUUUUUGGCGUAGGCUUCCAGUUUUCCUACACUACCAUGUUUGGUGCUUACUCCGCAUUCCUGUUUGCUAAAACAGGUCAUUUUGUGGCUCCUUUUGCUGCUCAUGCAUUUUGCAAUCACAUGGGGUUUCCGGAUUUUGGUGAACUUCUCACUUAUCAGAAGCCUCAAAGAAUUCUCCUGAUGUCUCUCUUUGUUGUUGGUUUGUUAAGCUGGUGUUUGCUCCUGACACCUCUUACUACUCCCAGUAUAUACAGCAAUCAGCUCUUCUGGAGAUACCACUGAUUGCCAUUGAUUUGUAUCAGAGGAUGGAUUUGUUCACAGAAAUUGGUAACAAAAGAGCCUUCAAAAGCCAUCACUGUCAACGUCAAGAUUUCCAAUGCUUUAUGUGCAACGUGAGCAAAGGAGAAGUGGUGGUUUUUAACAUCUUGACAAUAACGUAUCCCUUAUUUGUCCUAUUUAAAGUUAAUUUAUUAUUCCUUUGCUAUAACUUGUAAUUAAUGAAUUUCUAUCCUCCAUAGUACUACAAAUAAUAUACUGAAACAAAGACAUGGUAUUACCGAUAGAAAUUGUUUGUAGAUUUCUUUUCUUUUUGUAGUCUUCCAUGACUUUAUUAUUAUUUUGUUUUGACCAGUAAUGUCCUUUGUCUAGCUUGAGCUUCAUUAUUAUUUUACUUUUCAGUUUCAGAGCCUGUGUGUCUACAAUAACAUUUGCCUAGUGAGAUUGAACAUUAAUUUAUUUUUUGUCAUUAGAAAAAGAAAUAAUAGAUUUCAGUAUUUGAACAAUGAGCAACUACUCUUUGAAUCAAUAAUUUUAAAAUUAUUACCAAAGAUUAGUCAAAUCAUGUAUGAAGAUUGCUUAUUGUAAUGUACUUUUGUAUUAUGUAAGAAUUGUUUCCAUUUAAAUUUGUUUUUUAAAAUUUUAAAAAAUUGUUCUGAGAGGUUUAUUGCUACAGAACUAAUAAGCACAAAUUUGAUUGCACAUUAUAUAUAUAUAUGAGCUUGUGAGACUAAUUUUAUUAUCUUAUGGUAACAUAUCUCGACAUAGAAUUUUUAAAACCUUAUCAAAGUAUUAACAUGUUAUCUUUGUUGUUGCAUCUAUUGUAGUUGAGAUUUAUGUACAAUUAACUGUUUUCAUAUUACUAGCAACAAAAUAAUAUUGAAAAAAAGAUGGCACUAAUUAUAUUUUAUAUAAGUUUCCCCAUCUUAAAAAACCUGUGGAACUUUGUUGAAAAUAACAUCAUUAUUGUAGGCAAGAUUAUGCUGGUGCUUCCAAGAUCCUUUAGUGUAAUCUAGGCCAGAGAAGUGGAAGUAAAAGUGCUGUAUUGUCCGAGAUGAAACUGGAAAAUAAAGUUAUAACUAAUGAUAUUUAAAUUUGACUUAAGGAAGUAACUAAACGAAAUUUCAGUGAACAAAUUGCUCAGUUGAUUAAGGCUUCAGGACAUUUAGAGUAGUUACAAAAAUUGCAUUUAAAUCCAAUGUAUGUUUGCAAAAAAUAUUUGUAACACCUCUUAAGGAAAUUCUCACUAAUAAAAUUUAUAAUGGAACUGUAUUUUUGUUGAGCAAUGAUUUGUGUUCUAAUUAUUUUGAUUAGUUUAAAUUGAUUUCAUCCUUAUAAAUGCAUAAAUCAGAAGUAGAAGUUUGAGUAUCAUAGCUUAUGAGAAAAAUGAUGACAUGCACUUUAACAUUAUUAGGUCGCAUUGACCUACAUCAUGUUAAAUUGUAUUAUGUAUUUUGCUUACUCAUUGAAAUUUUUCUAAUGAAAACAGACUAAAGUGUAUAUGACUUCUAGGGCUGCUAGAAUUACACUUGAAUAUGAAUUGCUGGCCUUUUUUCUGUUUCAAGAAAAUAAGAUGGUAGUGGAUACCAUUUUUGCUUCAAUGUCAAUGAUUUCUUAUUGUUCACAUUACUGACAAUUGUUUUUAAUUCAUGUCAAGCAAAGUUCCACAGAUUGUUGCACCAUUAUACUUCCUUGUAAACUUGCAGGGAAUUUUAUUAAAUCAGUGCCUAUUCUGAUCCAAGGAAUCAUUAAUAUCUCAGGAUUUUGUGAAUAACCCUGCCUUGUUGGCCUUCUUCAGAAGUAUCAUAAUAGGGGACAAAAGUACUCCAAUGAUUUUAAAUAUAAAUAAGCAAAUGAAGUUUGAUGUUUAUAAUAAAUAGGGAGAAUGUUUUAUUACUUUAUAUGUGAUGUUUUUAAGAAUAAUUCUAGCUUUACAGUGUUGUGACUGAAAUUAUCAAAUCACAUUAUGUGAUAGCAUGCUGUUCAAUUGAAAGUUACUGUGUAGAUGUAUUUAAUUUUUUGAUGGAGAUUGUCUACUUGUUAAUGCAUGUGUACAGAAAUUACUCAUGUGUGCACAAGAAUGCUCACACCAUUUCAGGUUUCCAGAUGAAGUGCUACUCAAAAAUAAAAAUAAGAAAACUAGUCAAACACGUACAAAUUAAAAGUAUGUAAAUUGCUCAAGUAAAAUUGCAUGCCAUAAGCAUAAAUUAUGUAGAACUACACUGAAAGUAUAUUUUAAAUACUUUGUACAUAUGAAAUAGUGGUUAAAAUCAAUUUCAUUUCAUUGAUGCCAUUGCAUGGACAUUUGCAAAUCAUUUUUUUAUUGAUCCUGUACUUUUAUAUACUUUUGUAGAUUCCAUGUAAUUGCCAUUAUGUCUUUAUAAUCUUUGUGAGAGUGUAUGUAUGUAUGUAGGUAUGAGUGCAUGCUUGAGAACAUUGCACACAUGACCAUAAUGAUCACAUGCAAUAAAACAUCUGGACUGUAAUUAGUAUUAAUUUUCAUGAUUUUAAAUUAAAACUCUUACAAAGGAUAAA